AUGGAGAGAGAAAAGGGAAGAGAGAGGGAGAGGGAGAGAGAUAAAUAUGGAGAGAAAAAGAAGGAGAUAAAGAUAGUAAGAGAUAGAGAGAAUGAGAGGGAAGGUGAGGGAGGAAAAAGGAGAAAGAGAGAUAGAGAGUGGGUAGAAAAGGAGAUAGAGAGAGUGAGAAAGAGAGGGAGAGACAUACCAGUUGAAGAAUAUGCUAAGACAUAUAAGUUGAACUAA